AUGUGCGAAUAUCGUAUUAGCGCAAUUCUGAGAAUUCUGUCAGUGGUGCUGGUUGUGCUGUUGGCGGUGGAGAGCUCCGAGUGUAAGCAGGGAUUCCUCACCGAGCUGUGCGUCUCUGCCCAACAGCAAUGUCCCAAUUCUCGCAUUAGUUUCUGGCUUUACACCAACACCACCCGUGAUGCACCCACUAUGCUAGAUCCACUGAAUCUCAAUUCGGAACUAUUUGAGCCUCGAUUGCCACUUAAGAUACUUAUCCAUGGUUUCAUAGGUAACCGCAGUCUCACCCCCAAUCUGGAGGUGCGAGAUGUGCUUCUUCAGACGCAGGCGGUGCAUGUGGUUUCGGUGGAUUAUGGCAGCCUGGUGCGCUUUCCCUGCUAUUAUCCCUGGGCGGUGCAGAAUGCCCGCGUGGUGUCCAAGUGUCUGGCACAAUUUAUAGACAGUCUGCUGGAAGCAGGCAUCUACAGACGAGAGGAGAUUCAUCUGAUUGGCUUCAGCUUGGGAGCUCAGAUUGCCGGCAUGGUGGCCAAUUAUGUGCAAGAGCCGCUGGCGAGGAUAACUGGACUGGAUCCAGCUGGACCUGGAUUUAUGACCAACUGGCAGCAUGAGAAACUCGAUCCGAGUGAUGCGGACUUCGUCGAUGUGAUACACACGGAUCCGUUCUUCUUCUCCAUGCUGUCUCCGAUGGGUCAUGCCGAUUUCUAUCCCAAUCUCGAGCACUUCAAUCAACGGGGCUGCAGCUACAUCAGCCAGUGGAGAUUUUACAAUUGCAAUCACUAUCGAGCUGCCGUUUACUACGGAGAAUCGAUUGUUAGUGAUCGCGGUUUCUGGUCACAACAAUGCGGUGGUUGGCUUCAGUUCUUCACCCAACGUUGCAGCCUAUACUCCCACAUGCCCAACACUCAAAUGGGUUACUUUGUCUCUGAAAAUGCUACUGGUUCCUACUUUCUCAGCACUCAUGAAGAAUAUCCUUUUGCCAAGGGACCCCUUGUCGAUGGGGUCAUGGAAGUAGCUGAGCUUUAA